GGAUAAUCAAGUUCUUAACAGGGGAAGCUGAAGCUUAUUUGCAUGUUGUAGCUGCUGAGGAUUGAACAAGAGCCAUUGAGAUUGGAGUCAUUGGACCAGGCAUGACAGGGCUGAGGAGGCUUGAAAAGAAAGGUUUGAAUUUGUUUGCAGUGGCAACAAUUGGGCAAAGGUAACUAUCUCUUAACAAAGGGUCGGGCAUAGUAUUUAAGAAGCAACCAGAUUGGAGGGAGUCAAUAGAGGAGGGAAAGAAGGAACAUGAAGGUCUGAGAUACAUUGGACCUGCUGGCAGACAUCAAAGGAACCAUGGAUAAUGUCAAAUCUUCCCCUUCCCCUGCUCGAUGGUUCAGAGUUUUGAAAAGAACAGUGUCUGGUGAAUGUCAACAAAAGAAACCUGCAACCCCCUCUGUGUGUGAAGAUGCCCUGAGGAAAUGCAGAGAAGCCUUCUCUUGUGGAAAGACUAGGCCUUACUCGUUUAGGCUGUUGCAGCUGGAAGCCAUCUUAAAUAUGCUGGACAAACAUGAGGAAGAGAUUGUUGGCGCACUGGAGCAGGACAUGCACAGGCCCAGAUUUGAAACCGUUUUAUCAGAAAUUACUUCAGUGAAGAAUGAAGCACUUUAUGCAGUAAACAACCUAGAGAAGUGGAUGCAACCACUGCCGGGCCAGAAGAGCAUGAGUAACCUGCUAGACAGCUGUUUUAUUCAGAUGGAACCAGUUGGUGUAGUUUUGAUAAUUGGUGGCUGGAGUUUCCCUGUCCAGUUGUCUCUAAUUCCUUUAGUUGGAGCGGUGGCUGCAGGUAACUGUGUAGUACUGCAGCCUUCAGGAACCUGCACCCACGCGGCAAACCUGCUGCAAAAACUAAUCCCUCUAUAUUUAGAUAAUAGCUGCUUCCAUGUGGUCUCUGGUGGGCAGAAUGACCUGAUGAAACUUCUAGAGAACAAGUUUGACCACAUCCUUUACACAGGUGACCGUGUAACUGGCAGAGCAGUGAUGCUAGCUGCAGCCAGAUACAUCACUCCCGUAUCUCUGGUUCUGGGUGGCAAGAAUCCCUGCUAUGUCGACCAGUCAUGUGACAUUAAAAUGGCUAGCCACAGAAUUGCUUGGGCUCGUUUCGUAAAUGCCGGACAGAGUUCUUUGGCUCCAGACUAUAUCCUUUGCCAGCCAGAAAUAAGAAACGCUCUUAUCCAUGAACUGAAAACUUGUGUGGAGGAGUUCUAUGGGAAAAACCCACGAGAGUCUCCAAAUUAUGGGCGCCUGGCAUGCAUGGAGCAAUACAUUCGAGUCAAGGAUCUUCUGUCAUGCGGACAGGUGGCUUUUGGGGGCGAAACUGAUGACACUGAAAGAUACAUAGCCCCUACAGUACUGACUGAUGUGCAAGAGGCAGAUCCUAUCAUGCAAACAGAGAUUUUGGGGCCAGUUUUACCUAUUUUAACAGUACCAAAUCUUGAUGAAGCCAUACAACUCAUAAACAGGAAGGACAGACCACUGGCUGUAUAUGUAUACUCUGAAAACGAACAGGUAAUAUCCGAUAUCUUGUCUAGAACAUCUAGUGGGAGUUUUUGUUCCAACGACAGCAUGAUACAGAGCAUUUAUACUAGCAUGCCCUGUGGAAGUAUAGGAAACAGUGGAGUAGGAAUCUACAGGGGCAAGCACAGCUUUGAUGCCUUCUCUCAGGGUCGUGCAUGUCUUCUUCGCAACACUGCUGUGGAAUGUGUAACUUACCUGCGGUACCCACCAUAUGCUGAGAAACCUCUUAGUCUUCUGCUUUGGGCUUGCUCCAUCUCAAGGAAGAAAAGGUUGUGCCACAUCUUAUAAGACUUCUUUUAAAAAAGCUUGACUUUCUCUGCCAGGAAGUGUUUAGCAACCUCAAACCUAAUGAAACGGCAGGUAUUUCACCUGCUCGCCCAGAAUGCCUACACAUAAGUCUCACUCUUGGUAAGUGAAGACUGAUUAACUAAUGCAAUGCUUGUGGUGAUCUUUGCAUUUCAAACCAGGAUCUCCAUGAUGUGGCCUUUUGCUAUUACCACAAGCAUUGUGAGAGAGAGGACAAAAAUGGCUGGAUGCCCACAGGCUAGUAACAACUUUGGGUUCAAAAACCCUUAUUGCGUCUAAAACCUGAACUCAACACAAAGUGCUACAAAAUUCAACCAGUUCUUUUAAGAAUUCUUCUAAAUUGCCAACAUAAUUCUCAAGCUAGAGAGAGAGCUUCUGGUAGCUGAGAUCUGACUUUUUUUCUGCACACCCUAAUACUGUAUAUUUAUUCUUUUUAUAAAUAAAAGUAUUUCAAUCUAUAAAAUAAACUAGUUGCACCCAC